GGCCCACCCCCUGAGGGAGCACUUCCGGUUGGGCGGGGGUGACCCUACGGCUCCGGGAGGCCGCGGCCUUCUUUUCCGGUCUGGGCUGCAGGAGGAGGGACCCGCAGAAAUGGCACCUCGCAAGGGUAAGGAGAAGAAGGAAGAGCAGGUCAUCAGCCUGGGGCCUCAGGUGGCAGAAGGAGAGAAUGUAUUCGGAGUCUGCCACAUCUUCGCCUCCUUCAACGACACUUUUGUCCACGUCACGGAUCUCUCUGGCAAGGAAACCAUCUGCCGAGUGACCGGUGGGAUGAAGGUGAAAGCCGACAGAGACGAGUCUUCCCCUUACGCUGCCAUGUUGGCCGCCCAGGAUGUGGCCCAGAGGUGCAAGGAACUUGGCAUCACGGCCCUCCACAUCAAACUGCGGGCCACCGGGGGGAACAGGACCAAGACCCCAGGACCUGGUGCCCAAUCUGCCCUGAGAGCCCUCGCUCGUUCUGGCAUGAAGAUUGGGCGAAUUGAGGAUGUCACCCCCAUUCCCUCCGACAGCACUCGCAGAAAGGGUGGUCGCCGUGGUCGCCGUCUGUGAGCCCUGUUCCUGCAGAUUUUGUGGUCAAUAAACAGUGGAAAAAUCGA